UUACAUUAACUUACAAGUGGAUACUCAUCACUUCAAUAAAGCUGAGGUCAGCAUGAACUAUCAUGUCAAACUCUUCCUUCAUUUGGGAUGGGAACAUCCUAACGGCACUCCUCAUCAGCUUAGGACUGGCAAUGCAGCUUGUCAGUUUGUAAAUCAGCACCCCCACAAGCAUUGUAAAUGGGGGCAAAGGGUAGAUUUGUGGAUUCCUUCGAGAUAUGAAAGUAUUACUGCCAUUUUACUUGUCCAAAAGACAAACUUUUCACCAAGCCUAUAUAAAAUAAAAAGAAUGAAUACAAGCUAAAUCAAAUCGAAUUAAGUAUACCCGUCAUGAACAAGAUAUUCAUGUUAUAUUUGAAAAAGAAAUAAUGCAGAAAGAAAUGUUGUUCAGGACUUAUAUUUAUACUUUUAAAAAGCAAA